ACCCGACCCGGACCCGACCCGACCCGGACCCGACCCGGGGCGAGGGCGAAGGCAGGGCCUGGCGCGGCGCCGGGCAGUGCGGCUGCAUGAGGUUGAUGCUGCUGUGCUGUACCUGGAGGGACGAGCCUAUGGGAGAGGACGAAGGGACCGACCUGCCGGUGUGUGCGAGCUGCGGGCAGGGCAUCUAUGAUGGGCAGUACCUGCAGGCGUUGAACGCGGAUUGGCAUGCCGAUUGCUUCCGGUGCUGUGAGUGUGGGGCCUCCCUGUCCCACCAGUACUACGAGAAGGAUGGGCACCUGUACUGUAAGAAGGAUUACUGGGUGCGCUUCGGGGAGCUCUGCCACGGCUGCUCUGAACAGAUCACCAAGGGGCUUGUCAUGGUGGCUGGGGAGCAAAAGUACCACCCCGAGUGCUUCAGCUGCCUCAACUGCCACAUAUUCAUCGGUGAUGGGGACACCUAUGCGCUGGUGGAGCGCUCCAAGCUCUACUGUGGGCACUGCUACUACCAGAUGGUGGUGACACCGGUCAUCGAGCAGAUCCUGCCGGAUUCGCCGGCCUCCCGCAUCCCACACACCGUCACGCUCGUCUCCAUCCCUGCCUGCUCUGAUGGCAAACGUGGAUUCUCCGUCUCCAUCGACCAAGGCUGCGGCACUGAGCACCCCCGCACUGUCCGCGUCCGAGAGGUGGAUCCAGACUGCAUCAGCCCUGACAUGAAGAACUCCAUCCACGUGGGCGACCGCAUCCUGGAGAUCAACGGCACUCCCAUUGGCCAUGUCCCCCUGGAUGAAAUUGACCUGCUGAUCCAGGAGACCACCCGCUUGCUCCAGCUGACCAUUGAGCACGACCCCCACGAGCCUCCUGCCUGUGAGCCGGGGCUUGCCUGCAGCCCCCUGCCUGCCCCAUGCAGCCCUCUGCACUCCCUGGUCCCUGCAGCUUGCGGGGAGCCUGGUGCCAUGCGCCAGCGGGCUGUCACGAGGAGCUGCAGCACAGACAAGUCUCCAGGCUCCGGCUCGAUAGGUUCACCAGCAUCCCAGCACAAGGACAUCGGUCGCUCUGAGUCACUGCGUGCUGUCUCCCGCACCCAUCGCAUCUUCCGCCCUUCUGACCUGAUCCAUGGCGAGGUGCUGGGCAAGGGCUGCUUCGGCCAGGCCAUCAAGGUAACUCAUCGGGAGACGGGCGAAGUGAUGGUCAUGAAGGAGCUGAUCCGUUUUGAUGAGGACACGCAAAGGACCUUCCUCAAAGAGGUGAAGGUGAUGCGCUGCCUGGAGCACCCGAACGUCCUCAAGUUCAUUGGGGUGCUGUACAAGGAGAAGAGGCUCAACUUUAUCACAGAGUACAUCAAGGGGGGCACCUUGAGGGGCCUCAUUAAGAGCAUGGACAGCCACUACCCCUGGAGCCAGCGGGUCAGCUUCGCCAAGGACAUUGCUGCUGGCAUGGCCUACCUCCACUCCAUGAACAUCAUCCACCGUGACCUCAACUCUCACAAUUGCCUUGUGCGGGAGGACAAGAGUGUGGUGGUGGCUGAUUUUGGGCUGGCACGGCUGAUGGUGGAUGAGAAGAACCAGCCUGAGCAUCUCAAGAACCUGAAGAAACCGGACCGUAAGAAGCGGUAUACAGUGGUGGGGAACCCAUACUGGAUGGCCCCGGAGAUGAUCAAUGGGAGGAGCUACGAUGAGAAGGUGGAUAUCUUCUCUUUUGGCAUCGUCCUGUGUGAGAUUAUUGGCCGGGUGAGCGCUGACCCUGACUACCUGCCCCGCACCACUGACUUCGGCCUCAAUGUCAGGGGCUUCCUGGACCGCUACUGUCCCCCGGCUUGUCCCCCCAGUUUCUUCCCCAUCGCCGUCUGCUGCUGUGACCUGGACCCUGAGAAGCGGCCGUCUUUCAGCAAGCUGGAGCAGUGGCUGGAAACCCUCCAUAUGCAUCUGGAGAUCCACCUUCCGCUGAGCUCCCAGCUGGAGCAGCUGGACCGAGCCUUCGGGGAGAUGCACCGGCGGAGCGAGGGCGGGCUGCCUGCACCCCGUCGGUAGACCCCCGCAUCCCCUCUAGAACCGCAGGACAAGGAGCUGUGCCCGCCACCAGCAUCUCCUCUGGCUGUCAACAUCCCCAGGGCUGGAUCCCUGGGGCUCCCCAAAUGAGGCCCCCAAGCCUAUCUGCACGGGCUGCCCGCUGCUGCCCACACUGUCCCUGGGAGCUGGCUCUCCCCGGGGCUGCAUGGUCCCUGCACGCUGUAGCUGAUACCCCUGGAGAAGCCUGGCCACACCGUGGGGACCAUCCUCGUGUCCCCCUGGCUUGCUUUGCCUUCGCCCCACGGGGCUGCGUGGCCAUUGGCCCCGCACGUGCUCCAUGGGCUGCCCCGUACAGAGCCGCAGCCUUGCGGUGGUGCCUUGGCCUUCCGUGAACUUGCACUGCAACACAGGAGGGGACCUCCAAAGUGUUCUUCUGGUGGGGGUACUCCCAGACUCGUAGCAAUGCCCUUGUCCUCGGCCAGCCCCUCUAACGCUGCUCCUGCUGGCACCCGAGGCUUGGGGGACUGCCAGCACCCCCGGCUCAGCAAGGGACCCAUGGGGGAUGGGGGCCACCCAUCUGGUUGCCACUGCCCUCACGUCCCUGCUACCCAUGCUAAUCCAUGACUGCGCAACCCUGGGGACAGCACCAAGUGGUCCAGAGGGAUGCAGGGAUGUGGAUGUCCUUGACCUGGUGUGGUUGGGGGGGGGUGUGUGUACCAUGCGGUGCUUCUCAUGCUCUUUAUUCAGGUUCAUUUUUCUGUAAGAUAUUUAAAGAGAAGAGUUUGUAUUAUUUUUUCAUACAAUGUAGCGUUUGCCAUUUGUCACUGCCUCGGUUCUGCUUUCCCAAAGGGAUGAAACUGUGAAGCCUCUCCGUGCACUUUUGCCCGGGAAGUCAAAGGUGAUGUCCUCUCCAGAGGCGGGAAGGGAGCUCAAACUGUGAUGUACCCCGAGCCGUGAGUCAAUAAAUCCUUCCCUGCUC